CGUGACUUUACCCAAACUCUAUUCUUCCCACCACUUAAACGCACUGCUGCCACACACUAGCCACCCUCCAGCACCUAAGUGCGUCGGAAACCCUUGUAGUAUUUCACACUGUCUCGAUCGCCUCAACCAGUAGGGAUGCACGCAAUUGCCCUCGCGCCUUUCCUCUUCCAUCGAGUGUCUCGUGCUUGGAUCGGGUCGACCCCGCAUCUCGACAAACGGCAGCUGUAUGUAUAAAGAGGUAGGGCGCUCUCGUCUCUUUUUUUAAGCUAGUGGUGGUUCAUACAUCUCUGUCUACCUGUAUUAACAUAAUAUUAUCAAACCAUAAAUUCAAUUGCAAACCCAUCGCCUCUCCACCGUCCACUACGCCGUUCUCCUGUAUACUCGCUAGCAACAAUGAACACCGAACAACCCCCAAACCCACCAACUGUUGAGACGCAGCCGCGCCGCAGAAGCUCUAGCUUCAUGCCGUCCUUUGAUUCUCUCCAGCAGCAUCGCCACGGCGAACAGUCUACUGCCCGACGUCAGAGUAUGCAUGAUCAGAAUGCUAAACCCGGUCUCUUUGGCCAGUUCUUCCACAGUACAUGGGGCCGAAACGCCAAAUAAAGAGAAAUGGAAAUAAUAUACUCGACAAACUCGGAGAAGCUGCUAUUUAUUCGAAGUUUGUGUUUGACCGAUUGCUUUUGUACUAUGAUCUGUAUCAGUGGCUAUAAGGGAUAUGCUCUGAUUGAGGUACGGUGGUGUUAGUGGGAGUCGCUUUUUGUAUUGUAUUUUCACGUCCUCGACAAGACAACACCAAAUUGAAAUAGGAAAUCUACAUUUACGUUUGUUUUUAUUUCUUGAAAUACUUAUCACA